AUGGACGAUAAAGAAUGCAUACUAAAGUCGGCUCAAGAGGCGAUACCUAUAUUUGCCGCUGGCAUUCCUGAAAUUGGUGUCCGCGAGCUAGACCCAAUAUUUUUUAAGAAGAUUGAUGGUAGUACCACUAAUCUAAGGCUGAUAUUGAAUGACGUACAGCUCAAAGACGACACAACUUUUGAGGUGGUGUGUGUAUUAAACGAAAGAACUAAAGAUGAAAAGAAAUAUUUAAAAAUUAAAUCCUGUACUCAUACUUAUGAGUUUAAGCCCGACGCUAAAAUGCAUUUCGAUAAUUUGUUCCCUCAUAAUAAAGUAUUAGCUCAAGCUGCCCGAGAAAUAAUUGAAAGUAAUCCAGAUUUAAUAGUAUCUGAAUUAGGGCCAGCAAUUGUUAAAACUAUUAUCGAAGCAAUAGUCAAGAACAUAGGUAAUCUUGCUGAAAAUGUACCCCUUGAAGAUCUUGUAAUAUUAGAU